AUGAACAUCGAAAUUGGAAAUAAGUCUAAAGUUUUAUUAACUAGAUUAUUAUCUCAACAUGUAAACAAACAACAUAUAUUACGAUAUAGUACCACCAAUAAAAAACCAAUACCAUCUUAUAAAAGCAAAACAUUUUUGAAUAAUAAUAAUAAUAACCACAACAAUGAAAAUAAUAAAAGAUACUUUAGAUCAACUUCACCAAUACUUUCAGAGAAAAGAGAUUUAUAUGAAGUUUUAGGAGUUUCAAGAGAUGCUUCAAAACAAGAUAUUAAAAAAGCAUUUUAUGCUUUAGCAAAAAAAUAUCAUCCAGAUACAAAUAGAGAUGACCCAAAUGCACAUAAAACAUUUGCAGAGAUUAGUAAUGCCUAUGAUGUAUUAUAUGAUGAUAAAAAGAGAUCAGUUUAUGAUACAGCAGGACAUCAAGGAGCAACACAAGAGAAUAUGGAACAUGGUGGAUUCCCAGGUGGUAUGGGUGGUCAAAAUGUUAAUCUUGAAGAUUUAUUUGGAGGUGGAUUCGAUUUGAAUGAUUUAUUUGGUGGCGGUGGUGGUGGUGGUGGCGGUAAAAAGAGUUCAGUAGGUGCAGAUAUGGAAGUUAAUUUACAUUUAGAUUUUAUGGAAGCAGUGAAUGGUGCAGAGAAGGAUAUUUCAUUCUAUGGUGGUACAAAGUGUACACCAUGUGAUGGUAGCGGAGCAAAACCAGGCACAAAGCCACAAACUUGUAAACAAUGUGGUGGUACAGGUUCUCAAACUCGUUCCAAUGGUUUCUUCCAUAUGGCAACCAAUUGUCGUGCAUGUAAAGGUACAGGUAAGGUCAUUAAAGAACCAUGUUCAAGUUGCAAAGGUAAGGGUAUCACUCAAGGCGAACGUACCGUUAACAUCAAAGUACCAGCAGGUAUUAACAAUGGUACCACCAUCAAAUUGGCCGGUGAGGGUGAACCUUCAAAAACUGGUCGUCGUGGUAAUCUCUUUGUUCAUAUCACAGUAUCUGAACAUGAAUUAUUUAGACGUCAAGGUAACGAUAUUCAUUUGGAUGUUCCAAUAACAAUUUCUCAAGCUAUCCUUGGUGAUACAGUUUCAAUUCCAACUCUAUCUGGUGAAGUCGAACUUAAAGUACCAAAAGGUACUCAACCAAAUGAAAAACGUGUACUCAAAGGUAAAGGUGUACGUUUUGUAAAUUCAACAGAAUUUGGUUCACAAUUUGUUCACUUUAUCGUUUCAAUACCUAAAAAUAUUAAUCAAAAGCAACAAGAACUCAUUAAAGAAUUUGACCAAGAAGAAAAAAAAAAUAAUGGUCCAUUAGAUAGUUUAUCUCAUCCAGUUUUAUCUUUUUGGAAUAAAGCAAUGAAAAGAUGGAGAGAUUAUUCAAAUAAAUUUAAGAAAUAA